UUUAUUUUUGCCAUUUUUUCGGGAAACCCCCCGUGAAUUUUGAAGGACAUGCUCUGCAGAAGAACACCAUCGAAGUAAUGACUUUAUGAUGAUGUUAUUUUGAAGGUACAUUUUAGGUACAAUUAUUAUCAGCUAUAAAAAUUUAAAAAAUAUCUUUGAGUUUUAUUUUGGCUAGUUGACCAGCAAAUUGAAGUGCCCCGAAAUUUGAACCUCAAAUAUUAGCCAAACGAGUAAGAUGAACGAGGCAUUGUUCUGUUUGCUUUUCAUGGGAAUAUCAAUAAAGAAAUUCAAAUAAAUGAAGUGGGUGAUUUUUAUGGUCAAACUAGAACUAAAUCUAUGGGCUUGUGGUCAUACGAAAACAAUCAAUAUCAACUACGCCAAGGUGAUGUCUUGAACUUUUGGAUUUACGUUCAGCAUGGAAGAUUCGGAUACAGUUUACAAAAUCAAAGAUAUAUAUAUCCAGAUCAUUUUGUUUAUAAUUCGGAAUUCUCAAAUUUCGGAGGGUCAAACGGAUCGAAAGAAACCAAUGAUGAAGUUUGGAAUUCAUCACAAAAAGUACCAACAACAACUCAAGUUUAUGAGGAACCAAAUAUGUAUGCUUCUAGAUACACAACUAAAGCAACCUCAUCGUCAAAUUAUUGGACCACCACAACACAACACCCAAUACAUAUAAAUCACUAUAACCAGCAAAACAAUAAUCAAAAUCAAUACAAUCAACAAAAUGAAUAUAAUCAACAGCAACAGUCACACCAACAAAACGAACCAAAUCCAUUGAAUCAACAAAAUUACGAAAAUUGUCAUCCUUCUAUCACAACCGUUAAUAAAAAACACAUAAGCUGUAAAGAUACGUUAAUAUUCGAGGAACAGUUUAAUCGUGGAUCGUUACUAGACCGAUGGAGCCAAGAUGUCAGGAUGCCACUUGAAAUUGAGGAUGCUGAAUUCGUAAUAUACCAUUCAUAUUCAAGCGUUUGGAAUGUCUCUCAGGGAAGUUUGAACAUUUUUCCAAAAUUGUUGUAUCGCAUUCAAGAAUCUGGAUUUUCUGAAGCUGACAUCCGCACCGGUCAUUUUCUCAUUGAUUCCAAAGAAUGUACUUCAUUCAUAGAUCCAAAGGAAGAAUGCGAGAGACAUGCGGGUUUGAAGAGAAUAUUACCCCCGGUUGUAUCUGCUAAAUUUCGUUCGAAGAAAACAUUUAACUUUCAAUAUGGAAAAGUAGAAAUUCGAGCAAAACUGCCCAAAGGAGAUUGGAUUUUCCCACAGAUAUAUUUGGAGCCAACCGAAAACCGAUAUAGGGGUGUAGGUGAAAUGCCAUAUUUGAAUGGGCAGCUUCGUAUUGCAUUCAUCCAUGGCAAUGAUAUCUUGGAAAAAUCUGAUGGUAUUCCUCUUGUGGGUUACAGUCGUUGGCACCCUUCGGGAAAAAAUUAUCUGUGGAAAGAUGGAAAGAUUUUGAUCGGAAUUUGUGUAAUUUCUGGUGGCGAUACGGUACGCGAAGUUGCACGUAAAAGUGUAAGUGCAAAUUUUAAAUGAAAUCAUUUCACUUUU